AUGUACUCCUUGCAACACCCGCAAAUCAAUGAGUGCUUCCUAGACUCUGAAUCAACAGUUGAGGAAGUGGUCAAGUUACUUGAAAAUCUUCGAGUUCCCAAUGAGGAGGAGGCGGAAAUCCAGGAAAAGACUGAACAUGAUCCCAAGAUGGCAAAUAUAAUAGAUGACAGUUUCAUAAUUACAGAAAGGAAAACUCCAAUUCCUUUCAUUUCCGCACCUAUUUCUCUCAAAAAGAAAUCGAAGCCCAGAACUUUCACGCGUAUAGAUCGAAGUAAGGAUCGGUUUCCCUUUAUGCGCCAGGUCGAAAUGGAUCUCGAUCAGCGCUCAAAAGCUCGUUUAGAAAGGGAACGAGUGGCUCAGAAUUUUCGAAAAUUGGGAAACGCAGAUUAUCGAAAGGGUAACUACGAGAGUGCUGUGAAAAUGUACACCGAAGCCAUUGAAAAUAUCCGGGACAGUCACAUUCUUUACAUAAACCGGGCUCUUUGCUUCAUCAAAUCGGGAAAAUUCAAACAAGGCAUAGUCGAUUGCGAUUUUGUUCUGAACAAAUUGGACGAGAAGAAUCUGAGGGCGUGGAUGUAUCGCGCCAUGGCCUACAAAGGCCUUAACGAUGAGUCAAAUUUUGAGAACUGUGUAAAAUAUGCCCGCAAAUUCAAUUCGAAGCAGAUGGACUUUAUUGAUGAUUUCCUGAGAAAGCUUAAAUAA